CCCUUGCUGCUGCUCUCACUCCUCUGUCCCUGCUUCCUCCUCGCAGAUCCAGAGGCAGCAUGGCUGCGAAUGGUGCCGUUAGCCCCCAGGGAUAACUGCAGCCCAUCUCCUCCUUUGCUCCCCAGGACUCCCAACCAUCUCCUCUCGCCCUCCUCGCAGCGACAUGUAGCAAAAUCGGUCCCCCUGCAGCAGAAGCCGUCGUGACUCCUCCUGCCCCUCCUCAGCCAGCGCCGCGCAAGCUCGUCCCCAUCAAACCUGCUCCGCUCCCCCUGGGCUCCGGUAAGAACAGCUUUGGGAUCCUGUCGUCGAAAGGGAACGUCUUCCAGAUCCAGGGCUCUCAGGUCAGCACCUCCUACCCUGGGGGGCAGCUGGUUUUUGCCAUCCAGAACCCAACUGUCAUCAACAAGGGGACCCGCUCGUCCACCACCAACAUCCAGUACCAGGCAGUGCCCCAGAUCCAGGCCACGGGGGGACAGACCAUCCAGGUCCAGCCCAACCAGAUCCAGAUUAUUCCAGGCACGAAUCAAGCCAUCCUCACGCCUUCCUCUUCCUCUCACAAGCCCGUGCCCAUCAAACCAGCUCCGGUGCAGAAGCGGGGAGCUUCCCCAGUGCAGGGCACCAGCAGCGUGGUCAAGUUGAGUGGUGGCAGCAACGUGACUCUGACCCUGCCCGUGAACAACCUGGUGAACGCUGCUGAGCCGGGCGCCCAGGCUCAGCUCCUGGCAGAGAGCUCCUCAAAACCCACCAAAAAGCCCCGGAAGAAAGCCAUGUCACCCACCCAGCCCACCACGGUGGCCGUGGCCGAGCAGGUGGAGACGGUGUUGAUAGAGACCACGGCGGAGAACAUCAUCCAGGCGGGCAACAACCUGCUGAUCGUGCAGAGCCAGGGCUCCGGCCAGCCGGCCGUGGUGCAGCAGGUACAAGUGGUGCAGCCCAAGCAGGAGCCACAGGUGGUGCAGAUCCCGCAGCAGGCCCUGCGUGUGGUCCAGGCCGCCUCUGCCACGCUCCCCACCGUCCCCCAAAAACCCUCCCAGAACUUCCAGAUCCAGACGACGGAACCUACUCCUACCCAGGUCUACUUCAAAACCCCAUCGGGCGAGCUGCAGACG